AUGGUGAUCUCCUCUCUUCCUCUCUCUCUCCCCUCUCCCUCUCUCCCUCCUUCUUCCUCUCUCUCCCCCCUCUCCCUCUCCUCCUCCCUCCUUCUUCCUCUCUCUCCCCUCUCCCUCUCUCCCUCCUUCUUCCUCUCUCUCUCCCCUCUCCCUCCUUCUUCCUCUCUCUCUCCCCCCUCUCUCCCUCCUUCUUCUUCUCUGUCUCCCCUCUCCCUCUUUCUUCCUCUCUCUCUCCCCUCUCCCUCUCUCUCUCCUUCUUCCUUUCUCUCCCCCCCCUCUCCCUCGUUCUUCCUCUCCCUCCCUCCCUCUCUCUCCUUCUUCCACUCUCUCCCCGCUCCCUCUCUCCCUCCUUCUUCCUCUCUCUCUCCCCUCUCCCUCUCUCCCUCCUUCUUCUCUCUCUCUCCCUCCCCUCUCCCUCUCUCCCUCCUUCUUCCUCUCUCUCUCCCCUCUCCCUCUCUCUCUCCUUCUUCCUUUCUCUCUCCCCCCUCUCCCUCCUUCUUCCUCUCUCUCCCCUCUCCCUCUCUCCUUCUUCCUUUCUCUCUCCCCCCUCUCCCUCCUUCUUCUUCUCUGUCUCCCCUCUCUCUCCUUCUUCCUUUCUCUCUCCCCCUCUCCCUCUCUCUCCUUCUUCCUCUCUCUCCCCUCUCCCUCCUUCUUCCUCUCUCUCUCCCCUCUCCCUCCUUCUUCCUCUCUCUCUCCCCUCUCUCCCUCCUUCUUCUUCUCUGUCUCCCCUCUCCCUCCUUCUUCCUCUCUCUCUCCCCUCUCCCUCUCUCUCUCCUUCUUCCUUUCUCUCCCCCCCCUCUCUCUCCUUCUUCCUCUCUCUCCCCGCUCCCUCUCUCCCUCCUUCUUCUUCUCUCUCCCUCCUUCUUCCUCUCUCUCUCCCCUCUCCUUCUCUCUCUCCUUCUUCCUUUCUCUCUCCCCUCUCUCCCUCCUCCUUCUUCUCUGUCUCCCCUCUCCCUCCUUCUUCUCUCUCUCUCCCCCUCUCCCUCUCUCUCUCCUUCUUCCUUUCUCUCCCCCCCCUCUCUCUCCUUCUUCCUCUCUCUCCCCUCUCCCUCUCUCCCUCCUUCUUCCUCUCUCUCUCCCUCUCUCCCUUCUUCUUCCUCUCUCUCCCCUCUCCCUCUCUCCCUCCUUCUUCCUCUCUCUCCCCUCUCCCUCUCUCCCUCCUUCUUCUUCUCUCUCUCCCCUCUCCCCCUCCUUCUCCUCUCUCUCUCCCCUCUCCCUCUCUCUCUCCUUCUUCCUUUCUCUCCCCCCCUCUCCCUCCUUCUUCCUCUCUCUCCCCUCUCCCUCUCUCCCUCCUUCUUCCUCUCUCUCCCCUCUCCCUCCCUCUCUGUCCUUCUUCCUCUCUCUCCCCUCUCCCUCUCUCCCUCCUUCUUCCUCUCUCUCCCCUCUCCCUCCCUCCUUCUUCCUCUCUCUCCCCUCUCCCUCUCUCCCUCCUUCUUCCUCUCUCUCCCCUCUCCCUCCCUCUCUGUCCUUCUUCCUCUCUCUCUCCCCUCUCUCCCUCCUUCUUCCUCUCUCUCCCCCUCUCCCUCCCUCUCUGUCCUUCUUCCUCUCUCUCUCCCCUCUCUCCCUCCUUCUUCCUCUCUCUCCCCUCUCCCUCCCUCCUUCUUCCUCUCCUUCCCCCCUCUCUCCCUCCUUCUUCCUCUCUCUCCCCUCUCCCUCUCUCCCUCCUUCUUCCUCUCUCUCUCCCCUCUCCCUCUCUCCCUCCUUCUUCCUCUCUCUCCCCUCUCCCCCUCUCCCUCCUUCUUCCUCUCUCUCCCCUCUCCCUCCCUCUCUGUCCUUCUUCCUCUCUCUCCCCUCUCCCUCCCUCCUUCUUCCUCUCUCUCCCCUCUCCCUCCCUCUCUGUCCUUCUUCCUCUCUCUCCCCUCUCCCCCUCUCCCUCCUUCUUCCUCUCUCUGCGUUGGUAGAGUGUUGUGUUUCUCCCCCGUCUCCCCCGGCCUCACACAGACUCUGACAGCUCCCAAUUAA